CACUUUAUUUCGCCUUCCUCCUCUCACAGAUCCAAAAGACUCGAUCGUAAAUAUUUCUUAGCUCCCUAAUUUCAUUUCCCGAUCACCGGACGUGACAUUUCUCCACCCUAAUUUCCUCCUACUACGGCGGAACGCGGCGGUCGGUGGAUGGCAAGAACCAAUAAAUAUACCUCCCUUAACUUCAACGACAUCUACGAAAAGAAAACCACUAGCAGCAGCUCCGCCGCCUCCGGCAGACCGCACUCUUCUUCAUCAUCUUCUUUUAAUGGUCCCAAUAAGACUAUUAUCUCUAACUCUCGUAUUCAUGGACACAUGCUUGUCCUGAGCCGGCCCACUCCCAAGCCCAUCUCCAUUCCGCAACCCCAGCCUCAGCCUCUUCCGAUCCAGCAACAGCCGAAGUUACAAAGCCCACCGGAUCAAACCCGAGCUGAAUCGGACUCCAUUUCGCUUCGUCCACAGGGUCGUACUGGUUCCGGGCCCACUACAACACUUUCUUCUUCUCCUGUGAACCCCCCUUCACCUUUGCAAUCGCCUUUGCCAAAGUCGAACAGGUUCGUGCCGCCACAUCUUAGUCCGGGAUUUGUGGGCCGGGAGGAGAAACCGGUCCCGGAUGGUCAGGGAGUGAGAGCCAGACCGGAGGUUGGGCCUGGGCUGCAUCGUCAGGGGGGACAUCUUGGGUCGUCACCUAAUCGGUUCGGAGAGAACGGUAGGCCCAAAUCGGGAGGUGGGUAUGAGCGAACGAGGAGGGGAUUUGGGGAGGCUGAUUCGGUGGAUUUCAUGAACCGGCGUGGUUCUAGCGGGGCUCGGCCCAGCUCUAGUGGAUGAUGUCAUCAUGGAAACCCUGAAAAUCAAA